AUGAGAGAUGAGGACUCGCACAUGAGAGAUGAGGACUCGCACAUGAGAGAUGAGGACUCGCACAUGAGAGAUGAGGACUCGCACAUGAGAGAUGAGGACUCGCACAUGAGAGAUGAGGACUCGCACAUGAGAGAUGAGGACUCGAACAUGAGAGAUGAGGACUCGCACAUGAGAGAUGAGGACUCGCACAUGAGAGAUGAGGACUCGAACAUGAGAGAUGAGGACUCGCACAUGAGAGAGGACGACUCGCACAUGAGAGAUGACGACUCGCACAUGAGAGAUGAGGACUCGAACAUGAGAGAUGAGGACUCGCACAUGAGAGAUGAGGACUCGCACAUGAGAGAUGAGGUGCAACUCCAGAGGCCCAAACACCAUCAAUAUCACUCCUGCCCUGUCCCUGACCGCUCAUUACCUUCUCAUCAGCGGGGGUCUGGAGAGGGGCUCUGA